AUGCACAAUCCGCGCGGUUCAGGCUCUUCCUCGCUCCACACGCCCCGCAUCAGCGCCGGGCUAACCGAUUCACCGCCCCUUGCUCCCCCCGGGGCUCAUCCGUUUGUCCCCUCAUCUUCGGUUGGUUCAUCCGACAUCCACGAUGGGGGCGGCCCCCCGCUGUCGCCCUCCCUGAGCGACGGGAAACCGUCAUCGCUCGUGUUCCUCCUCCAGACGCUCGAGGGCCUCGAGUCGGCCGUGGCGCAGCAGAUCCGCAACUUCGCCGACGGCAAGCCCACCACGACCGACCCGAGGUUGUCUCCCUCCUCCUCCGCCUCCGCCUCCACCCUCUCGCCCUCUUCACUCGAUGGCCUCUCCUCCUUCGCCUCUGCCGCCCGCGCUACUGCUCGCCCAGGAGCGCAGCCCUCAACGUCUUCUUCUUCUUCUUCUUCGUUUCUGUCGCCUUCCUCCUACUCUUCGACGUACGGUUCAUCAACGACGUCCCACCUCUCCCCGCUCCCGCCCACUCCUUCGACCACGGCACCGUCGUCGGCUUCGUCCUUCUUCUCUUCAUCAUCUUCCGGCGACCGCGGCAGCAACGGUGGGUCGUCGACGACGCGACCCUCGGUGAGCGCCGGUGGCGCCCGCUCGUGGGCUCCUCCGUCGUCGUCCGCCACCUCCUCGUCUUCUUACGAAUCGCGCGCGCCGGCGACUGGUGCUCACAGCAGUGCCGCCGGUCAUCAUUCGCUCGACUCGCACCGGAACCCACAGCACGCGCACGCCUCGAGCUCACGGACCCCGCACGCCGGGGCCGCUUCGGCGUCCUUGUCGUCGGGCGCGCCCUCUGCGGUUUCGCCGCUGUCGCCAACGUCGUCGUCGUCGUCGACCGGUCCUCCGGCCGGGCCGGCGAACGCGUUCUCCGCGGCGAUCCUCCUGCACCACGAGCUCAAGGAGGUGGAGAAGAAGAUCGAACACGAGUACGUCAAGGUCGAGCAGCAGAAGCAGGCUCUAGCCCAGCGAGAAGAGGUGGUCAAUGCCGAGAGGCGGAAGCUAUGGGCGCGGAUUCAGGAGUUCCAGAAGAAGGUGGAACAGCAUGAAGCCCUCGCGCAGCACCUUCAGGACAAGGAAACCGCGCUCACCACCAAAGAGAGGGAAAUGCAAGAGUCGCUGGAGGAAGAGCGAACACGGCUGCGGGAGCAGGAGAAGCAGAUGCUGGCCGAAAUCGAGCGGCGGGAGGAGGAGAUGAAGCAGGAGGAGACGGUCCUGCUCCACCUGCGCACUGAGGUCGAGGAGAAGGAGCGACAGCUUGAGAACCGGUUCCGGGUGCUCGAGGAGCAGCGCAGACAGUUUGCGCGCGAACGCAACGACAAGGAGCGCCAGCUCAAGAGAGCGGAGGAGUCGAUAGACCUCAAGCGAAAGCAGCUCGACUCGCACCUGGGCGAGAUGGAGGCGCUCGUGACCGCCAUCGAGCUGGCCAAGAGAAAGAGCGAAGAGAUCGACCGGAGGGAAAAAUUGAUUCAAGCGCGGGAGAAGUCGCUCAAGCAGAGAGAAGAUAUUCUUUAUCAACGCGAGCAGCAGCUUCUCGACAAGGAGGCCCUCUACAUCGAACAGCGAUCCGCUAUGCGGGCGGCGGCUCCGAUCUCGGCGCUCUCCACCCCGGUGCAGACCCGGCCUCGACAGGCCUCGACCAGCAACGGCCACGCGACGGCCGCACCCGCGGUGCCUCCGCCCCCGCAGACGCCCGUUGCUUCCGGCGGAGUCUCUAAUGGCGGCGCGAGCACGAAGACCCCCAAGUCGGCCCUGCGCCCCACCGCCACCGCAACCACGGGAGCCAAGAGGACUCCGGGACCCAACGUCAGGAUUCAGAUGCCCGGCCGACCCGCGCCAUCUGGACUCAGUGUCGGCGCCACCCCCGUCGGGGCCACCAAGCAAGUGAAGGAGUCGGCGCCGUUCCCGUCGUCGCCGGCCUCGUCAUCGUCAUCUGCGCUUCCAUCGCCCAGCUGGCAGCAGUUCCGACAGUCCCUCCAGAAGAGCACACAACGCGCUCCGCCCUCGUCGUCGUCGGCCUCCGCGCGGAGGCGCGCAGUGUCGACCGACACUGAGGCCUCCAGCGCCGGCGAAGAAGAAGCCAACGGCAAUGGCGACGGCGGUGAUGAAGACGAGUACGCGGACGACGCCGGCAGCCGUGCGGGCGAGGAGUCGCCCUACCCCGAGUACCUCUCAAUGACCCCCAGGCGAGGCAGCCUCAGCAACGGCGGCGACCGAGGCGGCGGCUCGUCCAACCCCCGACUCAAUCGAUCCCUUUUCUCCGCCAACGGCAGUCCAGCCCGAGGAGGAGGGAGCGAGCUGGACGAGGACGCGGAGGACUUCAGUUUCGAGCUGAGCGAGGAGGACGAUGAUAACAAUAAUAACCGACAGGAGGGAGCGAUGGAGGAGGAGGACGAGCAGGCGGGGGCGGUCGACAGCAGCGAGCGACGGCGGAACAGGAAGGGCAAGGCGCAGUCGAACCUCGAUGCCCAGACCCAGCGGCUCGUUGAGCGAAUGCAACACCUGCGCAUGCUCUCCUAA